GCGGUAGCAGGAAAAAACUUGUAUAUAUAGGUUUCGUUUGUGAGUCCUGUGGCAGUACACGAUGGGACCCAGUUGUGUGGUGGUGACCGUGGUGGUAUUAGCGAGCGUGGCGGCCACGUGGGCGACGCCGACCGUCGGCGAUAACACCCUCGAUGGGGGAGAGAGGGUCGUCCUUGUCGCUCCAGUGCUCGCACCCCCAAAAGAUUCCAGGAGCUCGUACACACAUGACCGGUCGAGGCAGUUUCCCAUUUUAGUCCUGCUUGCUCAGGAGAACCAGGGACAAGUCCGUCCAGAGCCAGAGGCGAAAUCGUUGGAAGGAAAUCCACGGCCAAUUUAUGUCCAGAAACUAGAGGACCAAGAGCAUCCUGAAUAUGGUCGCGUGAAUAGACAAAAACGCCAUUUAUUGAAAAAGAAACUACUGGGUCUCGGUGGCGGGAUCUCGUUCGGCGGUGGCGGCUUUGGCUAUGGCGGAGGCGGUGGUUACGGCGGAGGUGGCGGUUAUGGCGGCGGCGGUGGCUAUGAUGGCGGUUACGGCGGUCACCAAGGUUACGGAGGUGGUCCCGCGAAGACAAUCGUCAUUGUUAAAGAACUACAACACGGAGGUGGCCAUGGCGGUUACGGUAAUGGCGGCGGCGGCGGAUAUGGAGGUGGUUUCGGUGGCGGCUACGGAGGCGGCGGCGGCUUCGGUGGCGGAGGCGGCUAUGGCGGCGGUGGCGGAGGUGGCUAUGGCGGUGGUGGCGGCUAUGGCGGCGGUGGCGGACUAGGCGGAGGUAGCAGUUACCAGCCACAACCAGUUUAUCAUGGAGGUGGCGGUUGUGGAGGAAGUUGCGGAGGAGGUGGAUAUGGUGGUAGCAGUGCCACUGCCACAGCAACAGCGACUGCCACUGCAUCAGCUCAUUCAGGGUCUUACGGAUAUGGCAAGCGUUAACUUCUGUUUCGAGACCUAAAGUGAAUAUUAAUAUCCAAAUGUGUAAAUUUCAUCAAUACAUCUGUGAUUUUAUAGUGCACAAGUGGACAAUGUGGAUAUUAUAGACUAAAUGCCAAAAUAGCUUUAACAUUGAUAGCAAAAACGACUAGCAACUUAUUGUCAAGUUGUGUCUACUCUAUUUUUGCUCAAAAUCUAUUAGAAUAUAACUUACUUGUCUUAAUUUUUAUGUUACUGCUUUUUAAUUUUUUUUUUUAUAAAAUAAAUCUUAUUUAAUAAAA